UUCCGAAGCUCUAAUUUCUCGGCGAGGAAAUUGCAGAGCGGCAGCCCUAGGGGGGGAAUUCUAGCGGAGGGAGCCCCUCUUUCUUCCUCCGAAGCUUCCAGAGGCAACCUUCUUUGUGUGUGUGUGUGUGUGUGUGUUUCCUGGUUCGCGCCACCAUUGUCUUCCCUUGCGGGUGUCUGGCUUAGUGCUUCUUAGUGCCCUUGAUAGACUUCCUUCUUCUUCUUCUUCGUCGUCGUUGUCUUCUUCUUCCUUUGGAAUUUUUUGUUUUCUGGAAGGUGGAAAUUUGGAGAAGUCAAUGAAUUUGUGGUGCUUCCCUGAUCAAUUUUUAUUCUUUUACUAUAAUUAGGAAUUUGGGGGAGCUAGUACGAGAUUGGAAUAACUGGAACUCGACUCUGGAAGGUGUUGCUUGUUUAUCUCGGGGUUUGGUUUCCUUUUCUUUCCAUCAGAAGUUUGAUUUCAGUGGUAACUUACGUCCUUUUUUCUGUCGUUUUGGGGAUGCUGGGAUUUUGAAAAUAACCGAGGUUCUGCACUUUGGUUUGAGGUCUGGUGGUUUCUCCUGUAGGUUAGAGUCUCUUCGAUCGCUUUGUUGUUGUCGCUUUCCUUUUUUAAAAAAAUCGUGCUGUUAUUUCUCCUGAUCGUUUUUUUUUAUUCACUUAGUUGAAAGGAAAAAAUUGAAGGCAGGAUUAUUCGUUGAAAAAGCUUAUAGUGGUGAUUUCUGCAGUUUUACCUCUUUUUAGUCUUGGUGAACUCAUGAAAUUGUGAAGAUCAUGUGGUUUUGCUAGCCUUCGUUUUUCUCCUGUACGGUGCCUAAAACUUCACUUUUUUAAAGCUUCACUAAGAAUUUCAGUUGUGCAACAGUUCUUUUCAAGUAAUUCUGUCCCUCCAGGUGGCCGGUGUAGUUUCGCUUCUUGAUGUCUCCUUUUUGUUUUUCUUGCUUUUGUUCAUUCGCUUCCUUAUAAAUUGGGAGGUUGAGUUUGAGAUUGGAAGUGGGGUUUCCUUUUCUUCAACCCUUAUCAUAUUCGUCGAUCCUUUCAGUGCUUUUCUGCUGCAAUUUUUUUGGUGUCGGUGUGAUCGAUUUCAUUUCCGGUGAAUUUAUUCCUGAAAAUCGGUACGGAUGUUGUGGACUGAAGGUCAUCUUGCUGCGAAUGCAGUCGUACAUCUUCAAGACGCUUUGCCUUGAAAAUAUUAUUUCUGAUGCUUGCUUUCCUUGAUUCUGAGAUUGGCGAUGAUGAUGUUUGGCUACAUGUUGAAAGUUGUUGAUGCUCGACCAGGGUGACAAAGAAGAACGAUCACUACAGACUCCUGAAAUGGUGAGCGAUCUGGAGAUGAAGAUGAACAUGACAAAAGUUGCCCCAGACUCUGGUAGUUAUCUUUCAGUUGUCAACCAAUUCAUGCAAAAGAAAGGGGUAGUUGGUGAGAUGGAAGAAAAACUCGCUUUCGCUGAGGAAAAAGUGUGGGGCUGGGGUACUGCUGCUUCUGUAGCCGCUGGUCAGUCCAUGUUAUGGGAAUGUGGAGCAGAGGAAGCUGGUGAGUAUCUCCAGGCUGUUGACGACAUUCAGAAGUUGAUAGAAAGCUUAGAAAGCCUGUCAAUUACAUCCGAUCAAGAAGGGACUGACAUCCUUCAGCGUGCUGAUAGCGUACUUCAGACUGCCAUGGUUAGGCUUGAGGAAGAAUUUAGUUAUAUGCUGGUUCAGAGUAGGCAGCCUUUGGAGCUGGAACUUUCGUCUUUCAGGUCAAGUGAAGGUUAUGUUACAGAAGAGGAUUUCUCCGGCUGCUUUGAUGAUGACUCAAUUGAUGACAGUCAGGUUAAGCUUGAGGGAAUUGCCAACAAGUUCGAUGAAUUCACAGUUGAUUUGAUUAAUCCAAGUGUGAUUCAAAACUUGAAAUGCAUUGCAGACCUUAUGAUUCAGUCAGAUCAUGAUCUGGAAUGCUGUCAAGCUUACAGCAGCAUCAGAAGAGAUGCACUGGAUGAAGGCCUUUUCAUCCUCGGAAUUCAGAAGCUUAGUAUUGAGGAAGUGGAGAAGAUGGAGUGGGAGAUACUUGAUUCUUAUAUAAAGAAAUGGAUCCGUGCGAUAAAGAUAUUUGUCAGGGUCCUUCUUGCCAGUGAAAAACGCCUGUGCAAUCAGAUCUUCGGAGAGUUGAGCUCACUUGGCAACAUUUGCUUUGUUGACACUGCAAAAGGUGCAAUGCUCCAACUCCUUAACUUUGGUGAUGCUAUUGCUAUCGGCCGCCGGUCUCCAGAAAAGCUGUUUGGGAUACUUGGCAUGCAUGAUGUGUUGCAGGACCUGCUUACAGAUAUAGAAACUUUGUUCUCUGAAGAAAAUGGUUCUUCUGUUAGCGUCGAGGCACACGAAGUUCUUUUGAGAUUGGGUGAAUCAGUAAGAGGUACCUUUAUGGAAUUUGAGAAUGCUAUUGAAAGAAAUGUUUCAAGCACUCCGUUUGCUAGAGGGGGCAUCCAUCCCUUGACAAAGUACGUGAUGAAUUACAUAAAGACGCUUACUGCUUUUAAGGACGCACUCGAUCUUCUUCUUGAGAUCAAAGAAGGUGGGCAUGAAAGUCCUACAGUGUCUUCUUCGACCACGGCUUCCCCUGAAGGUAGUAACGGAAGUUUCUCAAAAAAUCUCUCGCCUACUGUGCACAAUCUCUUAGAAGUGGUCUCCAUGUUGGAGUCCAAUCUUGAUAUGAGGUCCAGAUUGUACAGGGAUGAUGCACUGCAACACUUCUUUCUAAUGAAUAACAUCCAUUACAUGGUUCAGAAAGUAAAAAGUUCUGACCUGUGUCUUCUUGGUGAGGACUGGAUAAGAAGACACAACCGGAAAGUACAAGUGCAUGCGACGAACUACGAGAGAGCCUCCUGGAACACAGUGCUCGCCUGGUUGAAAGAUGAUGGCAUUGGUUCAGGUGGUUCAAAGGCAGUCAAAGAGAGAUUGAAGGGCUUUAACUUCUCAUUUGAAGAGAUAUAUAAGAAUCAGACGUCUUGGAUCGUCCCAGACCCUGGACUUCGGGAAGACCUGCAGAUCUCAAUCUCGCUUAAGGUUGUUCAGGGUUACCGCACAUUCACAGGCCGGUUAGGAAGUUAUUUGGACGGCACAAGAAGUGCAGACAAAUACAUGAAGUAUACAGCUGAGGAUCUAGAAACUCUUCUCUUGGACCUCUUUGAAGGUUCUCCUCGGUCGUUGAACAGCCAGCGCGGUAGAAGGUGACUUCAUCAAAAGAUCAAGAGCUGCUGUAUCGGUCACCAAAUUGUUAUGAACCCCAUGUUUAGUCUACUGCCCGCUUUACGAUGUUGUAAUAUAUGUAUAGAAAAGCCAUGCCUUAGUAAAAUGAGUGGAAUAUCGAAGCUUCACUGCUUUGCCAAGCUAAGGAUAGCUUCCACCCUUUUGCCGCCGUUGCAGGUCAGGCAUGAUGCUUUCGUUGUUUUUGGAUGAAUAAAUUGGAAAUGCCCUUCCUUUGCAGGAAAUAUCUUCCGUUUUAUGGAUGUUA